AUGUCAUAUCGAAAUAUUCUCACUAAUUGCCCAAGUGACGCGAGAAAUCCACUGCGAGUUAUUUGCCAUGCUGAUUUAGAUGCAGGUUUCUUUCCUCCUUCCUCUCACUCUCACUUCCUCACCCUCUCUCAGUUCGAACGGAAACGCUUAAACCUCCCUAUCGACGCUCCUAUCGUGGUGCAACAGUGGAAUGGCCUCAUUGCCAUCUCAUAUCCUGCCAGAAAUGCCGGUGUAUCCCGCCAUGAGAAUAUUUUCGAGGCCAAGAAGAAAUGUCCAAAUCUAAUCCCUGUACAUGUAGCCACCUAUAAAGAAGGCGUUGAAGAACCCGGUUAUUGGGACGAUCCCCCUACUCAAGCUACUCAUAAAGUAUCACUCGAUCCUUACCGCAGAGAGGGUUCCAAGGUGCUCAAAUUUAUGCAUGACUACUUCCCAAACUCGGAGAUUGAGAAGGCAUCUAUAGACGAGCAGUACAUUGAUCUCACUGAGAUGGUGCGAGGGAAGAUUAUAGAGAGAUAUCCCUUCAUAGCUCACCUCCCACCAGACAAGACACUCGACGACGCACUACCAUACCCUCCCAUCAUAUCAUUCGCUGGCUUGGGUAAUUUGGUGAGUACGCGGGAGGAGGAGGACGAUGACAAGCGAGAGCACUGUUACACCGACACAGACACACAGCCAUCCUGGUCAGAUGUCGCACUCCAGAUCGGUGCCGAGGCAGUAUCCGGGAUGCGACGAGCGAUGUACGAGCAGCUGAGCUACACAUGUUCAGCUGGAAUCUCGCACAACAAAAUACUAGCCAAGAUAUGUUCAGCAUGGAAGAAACCAGACGCACAGACCAUCCUACGUCAAACCGCCGUGAACAACUUCCUUGCGCCGAUGCGUUUCCAGAAAAUACGCAGCCUCGGUGGUAAAUUCGGUGAAACUCUUGCUGCACAUUACGAUGCAGCUAGUGUAUCAGACCUUCUUACUGUGCCACUCAGUGAGAUGCAGCGACAUUUCGGCGAAGAGAGUAUUUGGAUUUACAACACUAUUCGCGGUGUUAAUUCAGAUCAGGUUACGCAACGCGUCAUGACCAAAUCUAUGCUCGCAUCCAAGUCAUUCCGCCCAACCGUCAAAACUGUCGGAGAGAUCCGCCAUUGGUUUAAAAUCCUCUCAAGCGAGUUGUCUCAGAGGUUGAAAGAAAUGAGAGGCGAACAAGAUAAACGGACAAUGUGGCCCAAGAGUAUUGUUCUCUCUAUUAACCAACUCUACCAACCAUCCCGCUCUCACCAAUCACCUUUCCCAUACAACGCGGCAUUUGGACCAGAGUUGAUUCAGAAACACGCAGAGAAGCUUCUGAGGGAGUUUGUAGCGAGUGAGAUGAAAGAUAUUCCCAAUGAACAUAGGUUGGGGUAUGAGGUGAAUAAGUUGGCGCUGUCAUUUUCUGGUUUGGCGGCGGUGGAAGCUGGACAGAGAGGCAUUGCGGGGUUUCUAGGAAGCAAUAGCGGCAAUAGUGGCAAUAGCGGUGAAAGCGGUGAAAGGCGAGACAAGGUGGUGAAACACAAAGAAGCAAAGCGGCAGCGGACAGAUAGCACGGCAGCAGCGCCGUCGCAGAAGAAGAAGAAGAAAGACCAACCGAAGACGGGACUGACUGCGUUUCUUGCGAGCGCCAGUGCCAGUGCCAAUGCUAGUGCUAGUGCAACAACAAAGAAGCAGGGAAAGGAGAUGACGACAGAAACUAUAACAAUAUCAAGUAGCGAAGAGGAGAAUGAUACAGAUGUGUGUCCGAAAUGCAAAAUCCCCGUCAAGUCUACAGAUAAAGGCCAACACAGCGACUUGCAUUUUGCAGAGGAUUUGGCAGAUGAAUAA